UUAAGUGUUUCUCAUUCCUUCGACUGCAUUUUCCUUUUUCCCCGAAAUACAUUCAGCAUCAUAUUUGAUUUACAUUUCGUUUAAUCCUUGCCUUAUUUCAGGCCAUUAAAUUUCUGUAUAAGAGGUUGAGGGUUCGAAUCGGAGCUAAGCUCAAGGCAAAAUGAAGACGACAAAGGGAGGCAAAGUGAUGAAUCCUACCGAUGCGUAUCGAAAGGAGCUUCGCAAGCGCGAAUUGAAGCGGAACAAGAAGGAAAGAAAGAAAGUACGAGAAGUUGGGAUUCUAAAGAAGGAUCCUAAUACUAUAAAGGAGCAGAUUGAUAAGCUAGAAAUGAUGAAGGCAGAUGGGGCAUUGGACAAAGCAAGAAAGCAUAAAAAACGCCAACUUGAAGACACGCUCAACCUUGUCAUGAAGAAGAGGAAGGAAUAUGAAGAAAAGAUGCGUGAGAAAGGUGAAGAGCCAGUAAUGUUCAGUCAUCUGGCUCCGCCAAGACGGAGGUCAACAGCAGAAGAAGAGCAGAGGGUAAAACAUCCAAAGCCAGAGGAUUCUGUUUAUUAUCAUCCCACUCUCAAUCCUAGUGGAGCACCUCCUCCUGGAAAACCCCCCAUGUACAAGUCAUCGAUUGGGCCAAGGAUUCCAUUGACAGGUGCAUCGAGUAGUCAUGCUUCAACAUCAAAGUCUGAUUCUGAAUCGGAACCAUCAUUGCCAGUCCCCCCACCACCACCACCUCCACCCUUGCCUGUUUCUGGUGAGGUGGAUUCAACUGAAGAGACUGCCAUUCCAAUACCUUUGCCAGUGCCACCACCACCACCUGCUCCCCCUAAACCAGGUUCUUCUGGUUCAUCACUGCCUCUCCCUCCUCCACCUCCACCUCCUCCUGGUCCUCCUCCAAAAGAUGCAGUUAUUGCACGAACACUUCCACCCCCUCCACCACCCAGACCUGCACAACCUCCUCCACCUGGAACUCUAGGAGAUGAAAAGGAUAACACACAGAAUUUGAAAGAUAGAAUGGAUGCUUCACGUUCUAAAGAACAAGAAUGGGCUGGCACCCAUCUUCCUCCUCCUCCACCUGGACAACCACCAAAUUUGGCAAAAACUGAUGCUGAGGGAGAUUCCACUGAAGCUGGAGGUAACACGGAAUCAAAAGAUGCAAUGCAAAAGAAGCCUCCUCCUCCUCCUCCUGCAAGACCACCAUCAGUUGUUCCUUCACAGACAGAGGUUCCACCCCCAGGAGUUACAAGGCUACCACCACCACCUCCUCCGCCUGACAUGAGACCACCUUUGUCCGGACCACCACCCCCUCCACCUCCAAGAGUUCCACCUCCAGGAAUGGCUCUUCCUGGACCUCCACCAGUAGGAAGACCUCCAUUUGGUCCACCUCCUGGGCCACCUCCCAUGAUUAGACCGGCAGUAGGUUCUUCAACUCCACUUCCUCCACCUUUUCGACCAAGAAUGCCUGAAGCAGAUGAUCCCGGCAAGUCAUCUGGACCUACAAAACCAUCUUAUGUAAAGUCAGCAGCAGCCACUGUUGUAAAACGGCCUUUGGCUCAACAUACACCUGAACUAACUGCAAUGGUUCCAGCCUCGGUUCGUGUAAGGAGGGAAAGCACUCAAAAGGUGAAACCUAAGCCCAUUGUUGCUGCCAGUUCUUUGGGUCCUGUAUCUAUAGUGAAACCGGAUUCUGUUCAACCAGUAGCUAAACCUCAAAGCAUUGAUGACUCUUAUGUGGCAUUCUUAGAGGACAUGAAGGCCCUUGGUGCACUUGAUGAUGACAAAUGAUACAGGUUCUAUUUAGAGUAUGUUCACCCACUGUCAAGUUCCUGUGAUAGAACAAUUGGUUAGUACAAGAAAUGUACAGAUUACUGACCAAUGCAGUACACUAUUUUGGGUGAUUUGUAAGAGACGUCUUCAAGAUUAUUGAUGCUAUUCACAGCUUUUGAUUUAUUUAGCUAAACUUGUUAAUUAAAUUUUAUCCAGAGAUGCUUUAUAAUUGCAGGGUGGCAGGGUUGCCUUGUUCUUUGUUAUUGCUGCAUUUAUUUAGGCAUUUUAAGACAUGUUGAGUACAAUUUAAUUUUACUUUUAAUGGCACCAUUCGUAGUUCUGUUAA